UACUGAUUAAUUUUUUUUUGUUCCAAGACAUUUUUUUUGUUUGUAGGUGUGUUUGUGUGUGAAGUAGGUGUAUCAGUGUAUGGUCUAAUUAAAUGAUAAAGUUUUAGUGAACAUCAGAAUCUCAUCUGUGAAAAUGGUCGAUAAUAAUCAAAAAAGAAUGUCAGAAGAUUUAAAUGAUUUAAAAUCUGAUGAAGCUCAAUAUGUCUACAAACAAUAUGGUCCUGAAAAGAAAGCCGAACGAGAUUUAAUGCGUAAUAAUAUAUCAAUACCAGAAUGGAAAAUAAAAGAAGAAUUAGUAAUAAGCGGUAUGUCUGGCCGUUUUCCUGAAAGUAAUACGAUUGAUGAAUAUUCGUAUAAUAUGUACAACGGUAUUGAUAUGGUCACUGAAGACGAACGAAGAUGGCCAUUCGGCUAUCUUGGGUUACCCCGAAGAUCUGGCAAAAUUAAAGAUAUUUCAUUGUUUGAUAAUGAAUUUUUCAAAGUGAACGAAGAAGAUGCACAUUAUCUGGAUUCACAAAUACGCAUCAUGUUGGAAAUCACAUUCGAAGCAUUGUGGGAUUCCGGCAUCGAUCCAAAUAGCUGGGCUGGUAGCAAUACCGGUGUGUUUUUAGGCCAUUGUUUUGAUGAAUAUAUGGCUGCCUAUUCAGAUACCGGAAAUAAUAUUCCAUUGUAUAGACAAAGUUAUUUUGCAAUGUUGCACAAUGUUUUCGAUUUCAAGGGGCCAGCAAAACAUUUCGAUACUGCAUGUGCAUCCGGUUUCAGUGCCUUCCAUCAGGCAAUUGCUUCUCUUCGUGCUGGUGAAUGUGAUCAGGCCAUUGUUGUCGGUUUGAAUAUUUGCCUUCGUGCCGGUACACAGCAUCAAUUUCUAAAUCUCAACAUGUUGUCACCGGAAGGCAAAUGUAAAUGUUUAGAUGAUGACGCCAAUGGUUAUGCUAAAGGUGAAGCUUGUGUAGCCGUGGUUUUGCAACAUAAAUCACAAGCCCGACGAAUCUAUGCUCGUAUCAUUCAUUCAAAAACCAAUUGUGAUGGCUUCAAAGAUUUGGGCAUUACAUUUCCUAGUUUUGAACUUCAAGCUGAAGUUAUAUCCGAUGCAUUUAAAGAAGCUCAAAUCGAUCCACUUGAAGUUGAAUAUUGUGAAGCUCAUUGCACCGGUACGCAAGCUGGUGAUCCAUCAGAAAUGAGAGCAAUCUAUGAUUCAAUGUGUGUUGGUCGUACUAAACCUUUGAAAAUUGGUGCACUUAAAUCGGUCAUUGGUCAUACUGAAGGUGCAUCUGGUCUAUGUGGAUUGGUCAAAUCGAUUCUUUGUUUUGAAAACGAAUUAAUACCACCUAAUUUACAUAUGACUAAAAUAAACCAUAAUAUCGAUGGCCUGGUCAAAGGUAUCCUUGAGCCGGUCACUGAAUGCACUCCAUUCAAAGGACGAAUGAUAGCAAUGAAUUGCUUUGGAUUCGGUGGUGUAAAUGUGCACGCUAUAAUCGAAAAGAAUGCCAAAGAAAUUUCUGAUAACGAAUAUCAAUUCGGCACAUUACCACGAUUGGUAAUCUUUUGUGGCAGGAACCAAGAAUCAUUGGAAAAUAUGCAUCAAUUCUUAAUCGAUAAUCCUGAUAAAAUAACCACCGGAUUUUUGGCCCUAUUGGAUAAUGUAGCAAAAACCAGUCCAUAUCCAAAUCGAAUGUUUGGCGGCAUGAUAUAUCGAGGUGCUCGUCUAUUUAAACCUGACGAUUGUGGCCGUCUAAAACCAUUAGAUGAAGUACGAUUCAAUCAAGUAAAAAGCGAAACAAAACCGUCUGUUUGCUUUGUUUUCACUGGAAUGGGUUGUCAAUGGCCAAUGAUGGGACGAGAAUUGUAUCGAAUUGAUUCAAUGUCCCGUAUUCUUCAACAGUGUUCUGAAGUUCUGAAACGUAUCAACAGCUCAUUCAAUCUGAUGAACAUAUUGACAAGUGAUGAUCCAAAAAUACUACAAUCUCCCACCAAUUCAUUUGUUGCCAUUGCUGCCAUACAGAUGGCAAUUGUUGAAUUUCUUCGACAAUUAGAAAUUGAACCAGAUUUCGUUAUCGGUCAUUCCAUUGGUGAAUUGUCCUGUGCUUAUGCUGAUCAAUGUCUCACUCUAGAAGAAACGAUUACUGCGGCAUAUAUUCGUGGCCAAUGUAUGGCCAAAAUGGCAGAACAGAAACAAGGAAAAAUGGCAGCCAUUGGCUGUACUUGGGAACAAGCGACACAAUAUUGUCAACAAUAUUCCGAAGGAAAAGUUUGGCCAGCAUGUCACAAUAGUUUUGAUUCGGUUACUGUGGCCGGUUCAAAAUUAGAUAUGGACAAUUUUAUAUUGAAAUUACAACAACAGGAACCUGAUUUAUUUGUUCGCGCCAUCAAUAGUUCAAAUGUUGCAUUCCAUUGUCCAUACAUUGAAGAAAUGCGUGACACGUUACGACAAGCAUUAAACGAAAAUAUCUGCUUCAAACAACAAAAGUCAAUCUCAUCUAAAUGGUUGACAACAACGUACGAACAAAAAAGCCAAGAAUUCAACCUAGAAUAUCUGGUCGAUAAUUUGCUCGAACCUGUCAGAUUUUAUGAAGUUUUUCAACGUCUACCUUCAAAUGUUAUAUUUGUUGAGAUUGCCCCCAACAAUUUGCUCCAAGCAGUUAUCAAACGCAACAUUUUCGAACGAAAUGAGGAUUCAAAAUAUGUGGCAACAAUGACACGUAAAAGUGGUCAGAAUAAUGUCGAUAUUCUUCUGACUAAUAUCGGUCAGCUCUAUGUAAAUGGAUUGAAUCCUUGGAUUGAAAAACUAUAUCCUUCAUAUGAAUACCCGGUCGCUAGAACUACUCAAUCAUUACAUUCAAUGAUUCGUUGGAAACAUGAUCGUCAUUCAAAUGCACAAAAUAUCCAGAAUUUUUCAAUCCAUGAUCAACGUAAAAAGACAUACAAAUCUGUUGACAUGCAAAAUGCUGAUGAUAAAUUCUUUGCCGAUCAUUGUGUCGAUGGUCGUAUCUUAUUUCCAGCUACUGGUUAUUUAUAUUUUGCUUGGGAAUUGGCUAGUCGAUCUAUGAAUUCUAAACGAGAAGAAACACCCAUCAUAUUCGAAGAUGUAAUCAUACAUCGAGCCACAAUCAUACCAAAAAGUGGUUUAAUGAGUUUUGCCAUGAAAUUUAACAAAGAAAAUGGAAUGUUUGUCAUGUUGAACGAUGGUACAGUGACUACUACUGGCCGAAUCAGAAUACCAAACAAACAAUCCAAAUUUUUAUUGUAUCAAGAUAUGCUAAAUAGUGUGGAUAGUGUUAAAACGAAAAAAUGUCGAAUGCAAUUGGCAAUGAAAGAUGUGUACAAAGAAUUCCGUUUACGUGGCUAUGAUUAUGGACCCGAAUUUCAAAGCAUUAAUGAGGUUUCAGUUAAUGAUGAAUUCAGUGUGGCUACAGUGACUUUCAAGAAUUGGGUUACAUUCGUCGAUGGCAUGAUUCAAACGGUUAUUAUUGGGCGUCCAAUACGUGCAUUAUUAGUACCUGUUCGAAUCGAUUAUCUAGCAUGUGAUCCGAUAAUGAUGUCUCAAAAAUUUAAAACAAUAUCCGAAAAUGCUACACCAACAGGUGAAACGACACCAUUAUUAUGUUUGGAUACGAUCUACGAUUUUUGUCUGAAUAUUGCCACUAGUUCAGGUAUUGAAUUUCGCGGAAUCAAAGCUAAUUUAGCGCCACGUAGAAUACAUCCUAUUGUUCCAUCUGAAUCUAUGUAUGAAUUUGUGCCGCACAAUCAACAUGAUUUACUUUUAACAACAAGUAGAUCAAACAGCUAUGAAUAUCGAUUAUUUCUUACUGAACAACUAUUACAAUAUCAAGAUCUUUGUGCAAGAUACUUACAAGAUCAUUCGAUUGAUGAAUCAUUUAAUAUGGAGCAAUUUGAAACAAAAGUGGCCACACCAAUUUUAAUGAACAUUCUUAAACAAAUUGAUUUCGACAAUUUUGAACAGCAACAAUUGGAUACGAUUGAAAAUGAUCUUUUGUUUCAUUCCUACCUGAAUGAAGUGUUUAUUCGGCCACAGCUUGAAACGGUCGUCGAAAACUUUUGGGAACCAUUGAUCGAGAUUUUGGAGGUUGGCCAGACUAGAAAUCUGAUGGCUUCGGACAUACUCAAAUGGGUUGCAAUGGACACAUUUCGUGUGAAUUUCAAUUGUCGUUUAUUACAUCCAUCACCAACUACAGUGAAUCCUGACCAUUUAAAUUCGAUUUAUUCACAGCAUGAAUGGCUAGCUGAAAAAUCUAAAUUUCCCACCGAAUUGAUAAAUAUCGAUUUGAUUGUUUACAAAGAUUCUAGCAUUUGCCCUUUGGUUUCCAAACACGAAAUUGAUUUAUCACUCAUGUUAGAAUCAUUAUGGAAUUGCCUCAAAGAUAAUGGCUUUGCAAUCAUAUUGAUUAGAGAUCGCCCAUUUCCUGUUGAACGUUAUUUGAUGGAUAAACUCAAUAUGAAAAUAUCUAAUGAAUCUCGUGUUGAACAAGUCAUGACAGCACUUGGCAGGACUUCGUUUAAAUUAUUAGGUGAACGUAGCGAUCGAAUGGGCGUGCAUUCUUUCCUCAUUCGUAAAAUUUCCAUUGAAAUUAUUCCGGAAAAUCAAAUCUACAUUAACUUUACAAAUAAUGUUAAAGAUUGGUUCGAAUUGUUACAGAAUAGCCUUAAAGAAAUCAAAAAUAGUCAAAUUGUGGAGCAAAAAUUCGUAUGGUUAAUUGCCAAUGAUUAUAAUUCUGGUGUACUUGGUUUCACCAAUUGUCUACGUAAAGAACCGGAUGGUUUGAGAAUUAGAUGUAUUUAUAAUGGGCAAUCAAACUGUUCAAUCGACGUUGAAUCCGAAAUGGUCAAAAACAUUGUAAAACUUAACCUACAAAUGAACGCUAUCGGACCAGAUGGAUCAUUUGGAUCAUUCAAACAUUUUUCAUUGUCCAGCGAAGAUACUGAACUUAUACCAGUGGAACAUUGUUUUCUUAAUGCACAUACACGUGGUGAUCUGUCCAGUCUUCGAUGGUUUGAAGCUCAACACAAACAUUGGCCAGCAAAUCGUAAACCAACUGAAAAUUUCUUUACAGUCUAUUUUGCUUCAUUAAAUUUUCGAGAUAUUAUGUUGGCCACGGGUAAAUUACCACCGGAUGCCUUGCCAUUAGAAAUUGGCUUAGAUGAUUGUUUAUUGGGCAUCGAAUUUGCAGGUCGUGAUGAGAAUGGUAAUCGUGUAAUGGGUAUGAAACAAUCGAAAUCUUUGGCCACCACUCUUGUAUAUGAUGAUGCUAGCUGUCUGACAUGGCCAAUACCUGAUAAAUGGACAAUGGAAGAAGCGGUAACCAUUCCUGUUGCAUAUGGUACUGCAUACUAUGCUCUAUUGAUUCGUGGUAAUCUACGAGAAAAAGAAAAAGUUCUUAUCCAUUCUGGAAGUGGUGCCGUUGGUCAGGCAGCUAUCGCUAUUUGUCUUAGUUACAAUUGUCAUUUAUUUAUAACAGUCGGAUCCGAAGAAAAACGAACAUUUUUGAUGGAAAAAUUCCCUCAUCUAAAACCCAAUCAAUUUGCCAGUUCACGUGAUACGGCAUUUGAGAAAAUGAUUCUACAGGCUACAGAUGGAAAAGGUGUCGAUGUUGUUUUGAAUUCAUUAGCCGAAGAUAAAUUGUUUGCAAGUGUCAAUUGUUUAGCUCCAUAUGGACGUUUCUUGGAAAUCGGAAAGUUUGAUCUGUCACAAAAUAGCAAAUUGAAUUUGUCCCAGAUAAUGAAAAACAAAACUUUCCAUGGCAUUUUACUCGACAAUAUGAUCCAUGUUUAUGAUUGUACACCGAGAAAUAUUCUUCGGCAACGAGGUAAAAUUCGUGAUUUGAUUUAUGAAGGUAUGACCAAUGGAGUAAUUCAACCAUUGAAUCGAACGAUAUUCACGGUGGAUAAAUGUGAAGAAGCAUUCCGAUACAUGACCACUGGAAAACAUGUUGGAAAAAUUCUUAUAAAAAUUCGUGAAGAAGAAAUAGCAGGAAAUGAAAAUUUUGAAGAAAUAAUGGCCCAUAAUAACAGUUUACGAAUACCAGCCUUACCUCGAACUGUAUUUCAUUCCAGUAAAUCAUACAUUAUAACAGGUGGAUUGGGCGGAUUCGGUAUGGAAUUAAUGAACUGGAUGGUCGAACGAGAAGCUCGUCAUUUUGUUUUAACUUCAAGAAAAGGAGUCAAAAAUCUUUAUCAAAAAUGGCGUAUCGAUCAUUUUACUGAAAUGGGUGUUAAAAUUGAAAUAUUCAUCGAUGAUACGACUACCGAUGAUGGUGUAGAUCGAUUGAUUAAUACGGCUCAAAAAUUGGCUCCAUUGGGUGGAAUUUUUCAUUUAGCAAUGGUUAUAAAAGAUGGCCUAUUUGAUAAUCAAACCUUGGAAUCAUUUGAAGAUGUUAUCAAACCUAAAGCUAACACAUUUCUCCUAUUGGACAAAUUAACAAGACAACGAUCGAUAAAUUUGGAUUAUUUUGUUGCUUUCUCAUCGAUCAGCUGUGGUAUUGGAAAUCCUGGCCAAAGCAAUUACGGAUUAGGUAAUUCCGUUCUAGAACGUGUAUGUGAUCAAAGACGACGUGAUGGACUACAUGGAUUGGCCAUUCAAUGGGGACCUAUCGGAGAUGUUGGUUAUAUUAUCGACAAUAUUCGUGGCAAUGAUAUUGUUGUCUGUGGUGCACUUCCACAACGAAUACCAUCGUGUUUGAAUGUACUCGAUCGUUUAUUGCAAAAUCCGUUUGCCGUAUGUUCCAGUCUUGUAUGGUCGGAUAAAAAAUUGGGUCUACAUGGUGGCAAGACUAGUUUAAUCAAAACGGUUGCACAUAUUCUGGGCGUCAAGGAUUAUGAAAAACUGGAACCAAAUGUAACGUUAGGCGAACUUGGCAUGGAUUCAUUGAUGACCGUUGAAAUUAAACAAGUGAUUGAACGUGAUUAUGAUGUUGUAUUUUCAUUACAAGAUCUACGUAAAUUGACCAUAGCUCAAAUUAUCGAAAUUGGUCAGGGUAAAGCAAAAGAAACGCUCAUCACUAAUGAUGCUGAAAAUAAAUCGAAUGAAAAACGAUCGAUGGAUGAGAAAUUGGCACCAAACCAACCGAUAGUUUAUUUGAAUGAUAUAAUCAAUGGUGAUCCUAUUCUAUUCUUUCCGCCUUUAGAUUCUACAUUCGAUGGAAUGUUACCCAUUGCACAGAAACUUAAUCGUCCAGUUAUUGGUGUAAAUUGGACACAUGAAUUGAAAGAUUUCAAAUCACUCAAAGAUACAGCCGCAUAUUUCAUACGAAUACUUGAAACUCAGCUACCAAAUCUUGAUCAUUAUGAUGUAGUAGCCUAUUCGUUUGGUGGUGUCGUUGCAUUGGAAAUGGGCCUACAGCUACAGAAACGAAAAUCGGCCCGUCUACAACGUUACAAUCAACUAAUCCUUUUGGAUUCAUCACCCAAACAAUUCAAAAUCUAUACCGAUGUCAUUGCCAAGAAAUAUGAAAUCGAAAAAGAUAAAAUCACUGAUGCAGCAUACAUUGAUUCAAUGUUGAUGUAUUUACGUGGUAAAGUGACUAUGGAUAAUACGAAAAUACGUGAAACAUUGUUAAAAAUGAAUGACAACCAACAGCGGAUCAAAUUUUUAGGCAAUGUCAUUCGACAAACACAAAAUAUGGAUGUAAAAGAUGAAACACUUGAUUACUUAAUGCAAACACAUUAUAACAAAUUGUUUAUGGUGAAUCAAUAUGAAUGUCCAGCGAAACAAUUUGAAGGCGAUAUCAUACUCAUACGAGCUUCAAGUGUUUUACUCAAAUCCGAUUAUGAUGAAAAAAAUAUUCGUACUGAUUAUUGUAUCGAUGAUCUGAUAACCGGUAAAUGCCAUUUACAUAUAUUGGAUGGUGAUCACGAAACAUUCAUCACAAAUAAUUAUGAUCAAUUGAUUAAAUUGAUUAGAAAUUAUGUUUGAAUUCAAUUUAUUACUUU